GGGAACCCAAGUGUUCCUUUCCUGGGCAGGCGCUGAGACCGGCAAACAGACUUAUUCUGAACUUACCGAGUUUGCGCGCCGUGAUUAGCUCGCGGAAGAGAGAAGCGGGAGCCAGGGAAGAUAGAAAGCUGUGUGUCUGUGCAGCGUAGCUUGGCGGGCGCUGUCGGCGGGAGCGACGGCUCAGGUGCCGUACCUGAACAUCUCACCAUGGCAGUUCCCGAGACCCGUCUCAACCACACUAUUUAUAUCAACAAUCUCAAUGAGAAGAUCAAGAAAGAUGAGCUCAAGAAGUCCCUGUAUGCCAUCUUCUCCCAGUUUGGCCAGAUCCUGGAUAUCCUGGUGUCUCGGAGCCUGAAGAUGAGGGGCCAGGCCUUUGUCAUCUUCAAGGAGGUCAGCAGCGCCACCAAUGCCCUGCGUUCCAUGCAGGGCUUUCCUUUCUAUGAUAAGCCCAUGCGGAUCCAGUACGCAAAGACCGACUCGGACAUCAUUGCCAAGAUGAAAGGCACCUUUGUGGAGAGAGACCGCAAACGAGAGAAGAGGAAACCCAAGAGUCAGGACACACCUGCUGCCGCCAAAAAGGCUGUUCAGGGUGGGGCAGCUGCCCCAGUGGUGGGCGCUGUCCAGCCUGUGCCGGGCAUGCCUCCGAUGACCCAGGCACCCCGCGUCAUGCACCACAUGCCAGGACAGCCUCCCUACAUGCCACCACCUGGCAUGAUCCCGCCUCCGGGCCUUGCUCCUGGCCAGAUCCCCCCUGGAGCCAUGCCCCCACAGCAGCUCAUGCCUGGGCAGAUGCCACCCGCCCAGCCUCUCUCCGAGAAUCCGCCCAAUCACAUCCUGUUCCUCACCAACCUGCCUGAGGAGACCAACGAGCUCAUGCUCUCCAUGCUUUUCAACCAGUUCCCCGGCUUCAAGGAAGUGCGUCUGGUCCCUGGGCGCCAUGACAUCGCCUUUGUGGAGUUUGACAAUGAAGUGCAGGCUGGGGCAGCACGAGAUGCCCUGCAAGGCUUUAAGAUCACACAAAACAAUGCUAUGAAGAUCUCUUUUGCCAAGAAGUAGCACCUUCCCCUACGGAGUACCCCAGUCCCCAUUCUGGGGCUGCCCCUUCCCCCCUCCCUUGGCUCAGUCCCUGAAGGUAAGUCCCCCUUGAGGGCCUUCUCGGAGCCGUGUGUGAGUGCGUGGUUGCCACACAGCAUUGUACCCAGAGUCUGUCCCCAGACAUUGCACCUGGCGCUGUUAGGUUGUGAUUAAAGUGAGUUUUUUGAGGUUUGUUUUUUUCACAGUA